AUGCCGAUAUCACACUUGGGCGGGACGCACGACGCCCCAACCGAGGACCCGGCGGGCGAGGCUGGCUCUGCGCGCACAGAGCUGAUGCCGCUGGCACCGCGCACCGAAGCGCUCGCGGCGUCCGAGCCGGGGCGGGCGGCAUCCGAGCUCGAAGGGGCAGCGGUCACGACAGAGGCGGAGGGCUUGCGCUUGCACCUCUCUAACAGCAACAGCACCGGGUACAGGGGCGUGCACAAGCACUCUGGUCGAUUCCGAGCGCAGCACAGGGUGAACGGAAGGAUUGUGUACCUCGGCUACUUCGACACGGCGGUGGAGGCGGCGGUGGCGUACGCGCGGUCGGUCGGCGAGUACCAACCUCCGACGCAACCUCCCCCGUCGGUGGCGGCAGAGGCGGAGGGCGUGCGGCUGCACCUCUCCAGCAGCAGCAGCACCGGUUACUUAGGCGUGUGGGAGGAGGCCUCUGGCCGCUUCCGGGCGCAGCACAGGGUGGACGGAAUGCAUGCCGGCCUCGGCAGCUUCCACACGGCGGUGGAGGCGGCGGUGGCCGUUGCGCGGGCCAUUAGCGAGGCUUCGGCAGUGGCGACCUCAGCACCCGAGAGCGCGCCGCCCUCCGAGCUUGCCGACGAGACGAUCUGCGCCCGCACUCAAGAGCGCGGCAGCGGCGCCAUUGGGUGCGUCCUGCCUGCCGGCCACGCCGGGCCGCACUCCUUCACUCUGCAGGGCAAGCGGGCUCGCUGCGUGAAGUGCCCGUUCGACCCGACCGAUGUCGAGGCGGAGGAGAGCGGCGAGUGCGCUUCGACGCAGGCCGGCGACGAUUCGGAGUCGGAGGUGGAGGCAACGGCCGGAAUGGCGGCGCCAGCAGGCUCGGAGGCCACGUCUAGCCAGGAGGCUCCGGUGGCGGAGGCGGAGAGCUUGCGCUUGCACCCCUCCAGCUGCAGCAGCAGCACCGGGUACAAGGGCGUAUUCAAGCAGGCCUCUGGCCGCUUCCUCGCGGAGCGCAGGUUGGACGGACGACGGGUAUCCCUCGGCACCUUCGACUCGGCGGUGGAGGCGGCGGUGGCGUACGCGCGGGCGGUCGGCGAGUACCAGCCUCCGACAGUGGCCGCUGAGGCGGAGGGCAUGCGCUUGCACCUGUCGAGCAGCAACAACACCGGGUACAGGGGCGUGUGCGAGCUCGCCUAUGGCCGCUUCCGGGCGCAGCACAGAGUGGAUGGAAGGCAGGACGUACUCGGCUACUUCGACACGGCGGUGGAGGCGGCGGCGUCGUACGCGCGGGCGGUCGUCGAGGCAGCGGUGCCGGGAGAGGCUGCAGCGGCGGCUGGCGAGGCGUCCGAUUCGGGCGAGGGCGAGCCAGGCGGCGCUGGCGGCGAAGCUGCAGCCGCCGAGAGCAGCGGCACGGGCGAGGCGGCAUCCUGCCUCUGGGUCGCUUGCGACCGUUGCGACAAGUGGCGGCGGUUGCCUAGCAGCAUGCCCGGCCAACUGCCUGCCGAGUGGUUAUGCUGGAUGCACCCGGACCCGGCGUGCCGGGUGUGCGAGGCGUCGGAGGAGGAACUUGGGCUGGGGCGGGCUCAAGCUGAGCGCCAAGCGGCAGCGGUGGUGGCGGAGGCGGAGGGGUUGCGCUUGCACCUCUCCAGCAGCAGUACGGGCUACAAGGGCGUGUAUGAGCAGUCUGGCCGCUUCCAGGCGAAGCACAGGGUGGACGGCAGGCUGGCUCACCUCGGCACCUUCGACACCGCGGUCGAGGCGGCGGUUGCGUAUGCGCGGGCGGUCGGCGAGUAUCAACCUCCGACAGUAGCUGCGGCGGAGGCGGAGGGCUUGCAGCUGCACCUCUCUAGCAGCAACGCCACCGGCUACAAGGGCGUGUUCAAGGAUGGCGCGCGUUUCAAGGCGCAGCACAGGGUGGACGGCAGGAUGGUCUUCGACACGGCGGUGGAGGCGGCGGUGGCCUAUGCGCGGGCAGUUGGGCAGGCGGCGGCGGCAGGAGUGGCAGGGUCAUCGGCAGCGGCGGCGGGCGAGGCGUCCGGCUCGGGCGAGGGCGAGCAAGGCGGCGCUGGCGGCGAGGCUGCAGACGCCGAGGGCAGCAGCGACGAGGAGGAGGCAGCCUCUUGCCUCUGGGUUGCUUGCGACCGCUGCGACAAGUGGCGGCGGCUGCCUAGCGGCAUGCCAGGCUCGCUCACUGCCGAGUGGUUCUGCUGGAUGCACCCGCCACAAUCGGCCUAA